AGGGUGCGCCUGCCCCUUUCCCUCCGGUCUCCCCGCCGCGGUGGACGCGCUCCGCUCCGCUCGGGGCCGGGUCUAUGUCCCGGCUUCCCACCGUCGCGGGCAGGGCGCCAAGGCGGCCAGAGGAGGGAGAGCGGUCCAGAGAGCCCCAGGAAGAGCGGCCUUCGGCUGUUCCCAUCGCGGACAGAGAAGACAAAGGAUGCACAUCACAGGAGGGAGGAACUACUCCAACUUUUCCUAUUCAAAAACAAAGAAAAAAGCUUAUUCAAGCUGUGAGGGACAAUUCGUUCCUUAUUGUUACUGGAAAUACCGGAAGUGGUAAAACAACUCAACUUCCAAAAUAUCUAUAUGAAGCAGGGUUUUCACAACAUGGUAUGAUCGGUGUGACUCAACCACGAAAAGUAGCUGCCAUAUCAGUGGCUCAGAGGGUUGCUGAAGAAAUGAAAUGCACUUUGGGAUCCAAAGUAGGAUACCAAGUUCGUUUUGAUGAUUGCAGCUCUAAGGAAACAGCAAUCAAAUAUAUGACUGAUGGAUGUUUAUUGAAACAUAUUCUGGGAGAUCCAAAUCUUACCAAGUUCAGUGUCAUUAUUUUGGAUGAAGCCCAUGAGAGAACUCUAACUACAGACAUCUUGUUUGGUUUAUUGAAGAAGCUAUUUCAGGAGAAGUCUCCUAACAGGAAGGAGCAUUUAAAGGUCGUGGUGAUGUCAGCAACUAUGGAAUUAGCCAAGCUCUCUGCAUUCUUUGGAAAUUGUCCAAUAUUUGAUAUACCAGGAAGGCUUUAUCCAGUCAGAGAAAAAUUCUGCAAUUUGAUCGGCCCACGAGACAAAGAAAAUACUGCAUAUAUUCAAGCGAUUGUGAAAGUGACCAUGGAUAUCCAUUUGAAUGAAAUGGCUGGAGACAUCUUGGUUUUUCUGACUGGUCAAUUUGAAAUAGAAAAAAGUUGUGAAUUACUUUUUCAGAUGGCAGAGUCUGUUGAUUAUGAUUAUGAUGUUCAAGAUACCACUCUAGAUGGCUUAUUAAUUUUGCCAUGUUAUGGAUCUAUGACAACAGAUCAACAGAGGAGAAUAUUUUUGCCACCUCCACCUGGAAUUAGAAAAUGUGUCAUAUCCACUAAUAUUUCUGCAACAUCUUUGACAAUAGAUGGAAUCAGGUAUGUGGUAGAUGGUGGCUUUGUGAAGCAGUUAAAUCACAAUCCCAGAUUAGGGUUGGACAUCCUGGAGGUGGUCCCAAUUUCAAAGAGUGAGGCGUUACAGCGAAGUGGUCGAGCUGGUAGGACUUCCUCAGGAAAAUGCUUUCGGAUCUAUAGUAAAGAUUUUUGGAACCAGUGUAUGCCCGACCAUGUGAUCCCUGAGAUUAAGAGAACUAGUUUGACAUCUGUAGUUUUGACCUUAAAGUGCCUUGCCAUACACGAUGUUAUAAGGUUUCCUUAUUUGGACCCACCUAAUGAGAGACUUAUUUUGGAAGCCCUUAAACAACUUUAUCAGUGUGAUGCUAUUGACAGGAAUGGACAUGUGACCAGAUUGGGUUUGUCUAUGGUAGAAUUUCCUCUCCCUCCACAUCUGACAUGUGCAGUAAUAAAGGCUGCUUCUCUGGACUGUGAAGAUCUACUACUUCCAAUAGCAGCAAUGUUGUCUGUGGAAAAUGUCUUCAUUAGACCUGUUGAUCCAGAGUAUCAAAAGGAAGCGGAACAGAGACAUCGAGAACUGGCAGCUAAAGCUGGAGGAUUUAAUGACUUUGCAACUUUAGCUGUCAUUUUUGAGCAGUGCAAAUCAAGUGGAGCUCCAGCUUCCUGGUGCCAAAAACAUUGGAUUCAUUGGAGGUGCUUAUUUUCUGCAUUUCGUGUUGAAGCUCAACUUCGAGACCUAAUCAGGAAGCUUAAACAGCAAAGUGAUUUUCCAAGAGAGACCUUUGAAGGCCCUAAACAUGAAGUACUACGAAGAUGUCUUUGUGCAGGCUAUUUCAAAAAUGUAGCUCGAAGAUCUGUUGGGAGAACGUUUUGCACAAUGGAUGGGCGUGGGAGCCCAGUUCACAUUCAUCCUUCCUCAGCACUUCACGAACAGGAAACCAAACUUGAAUGGAUCAUUUUUCAUGAGGUAUUAGUUACCACCAAAGUCUACGCAAGAAUUGUGUGUCCAAUUCGCUAUGAAUGGGUGAGAGACUUAUUACCCAAGUUGCAUGAAUUUAAUGCACAAGACUUGAGCAGCGUGGCCCGACGUGAAGCAAGAGAAGAUGCAAGAAGGAGAUGGACAAAUAAGGAAAACGUAAAACAUCUGAAGGAUGGAAUAUCAAAAGAAGUCCUAAAGAAAAUGCAAAGGAGAAAUGACGAUAAAUCCAUAUCAGAUGCACGAGCUCGUUUCCUUGAGAGAAAGCAGCAGAGGUCCCAGGAUCACAGUGACACACUGAAGGGAACAGGCUAAGCAGUGAACCCUCCAAUUCAGGAAGUAGGAAAAGCAGCCAAGAAAUGUGCUUCUACUACCAUUUAUGUAAGACAGCACUACCAAGAUGAAGUGGUCAGCAGUUGUUUUUAGCAUACGGGCGAAAAGCAAAUCAAACUCAUUAAUACUAAUGGAUGCAAUUUUCAGAGAAGAUUGGGUUGCCAUAGUCAUAGGCAAUGAUAUAUGAAACCAAUGAAAGACAAUACCUGUGAUAUUUUUCUCACUUCAAUUUUGCUGGCCUUAACUAGUAUCAAAUGCUGUUGUUGAGAUAUUUUCAAAGAACAUUGAAUUUUAUGUAAUCAGUGUGUAUUCCAUUUACAUUGAAGCAUUAAAAAAUUAUUUUCCUUAAAUCUCUUCAAGGCCUUCUUUUGCUAUGAGAAUAGUAUUAUAUCAGGCUAUCAGGUAUGUGACCAUUUCCUUCAGAAGGCUGAACAUAAGAGGUUUUUAUUCGGCAAUAUUUAGAUGUCUGUUUAAUUGCUAAAGAGCUUUAUAGAUAUUUAGAGAAAAGACUUAACUAGUAAAUAAAAAAAUUGCCUAUGGCAGUAUUCUUUGUUGAAUUAAUAUUAAUCCUUAAAUUGAUUUUUCUGGGAUUAUAUAAAUUCCUUUUUAUAUAAAAGUAUAUUGUUUAAAACAGUAGCUAUAGCCAUUAACCAAAGGACAGAUGAUAUAUGUAUAUGUUCUUUUUGUAGCUGCCUCUACAUACUUGUAUCAGCAUCAUGUAUGUAAGUUGUGACAGUGUUUUCAAACAGCUCUUACACCUGGCCUACUCUCUUGCCUCCAGCUGCUUGGGUAGGACCAUUUAAACAUCUAUUAUGCUGUAUUGAAAUGGGAUUUUCAAAGCAGCCAACAUUACAUCACCAGUGUUUCAAAUUGGAACCUUGAGGCUAAUAUCACACUCAGGCCAUAUUCAACACCUGCCCACUCUAUUGUUUACUGUCUUGUAUUCUAGUUAUUUGUGUAUUUGUCUUUCUCCCACUAGAUUAUUUGCUCUUUGUGGGCAGGAACUAUGUCUUUUUCAUCUUUGUAUCUUUCAUGGCACCUAGCACACUGCUUUGCACAUAGUAUUCGCUCAAUGUUUGUUGAAUAAAGCUAUUAGUUUAUUUAAAAUUCAAAAGGCAA